AACAUGAUUGUUUACUGGCGUUGAUCUCACAGUCUGGUGAGGACUUCUUUACUGAUAAUGUCAAGUUCAGGUUAUCCUCCCAACCAAGGAGCAUUCAGCACAGAACAAAGUCGUUAUCCUCCUCACUCUGUAAAGUAUACGUUUCCCAGCACCCACCACCAGCAGGAUCCAGCAUUUGGUGGCAAACAUGAAGCUCCAUCCUCUCCAAUUUCGGGGCAACCAUGUGGAGAUGAUCAAAAUGCUUCACCUUCAAAACUUUCAAAGGAAGAGUUAAUACAGAAUACGGAUCGUGUAGAUCGAGAAAUUGCAAAAGUAGAACAGAAGAUCCUUAAACUGAAAAAGAAACAAGUAAAUGUCUUUGCUUAA